AUGAAACGACAAACAUCAGAGGAAAUUAAGAAUAAUCAAUGUAGACUUGGAGCAUCUAUUGAUUGUAUUAGAUGGUUGACUUUUCAAGGUUGCGCUUAUAGAGGCCAUGAUGAAAGAUCGAGUUCAGAUAAUCGAGGUAACUUUAUUAAAUUGUUAAAGUUUUUGGGUUCUUACAAUAGUAGUGUUCAGAAUCUUGUUUUGAAAAAUUCUCCUAGAUUUGCUAAAUAUACUUCAAGUGAUGUUCAGAAAGAAAUUCUACAUGUUCUUGCUACAAUGCUCGUGAUGAAUCUAAAAAAAGAGCAAAUGACUAUUGUUUUGAGAUUUGUUGAUGUGGAUGGUUUUGUUCGUGAACGCUUCUUUGAUCUUGUACAUGUUAGUGAUACUAGUGCCUUGACUUUGAAAAAAGAGUUGGUGUCUGUGCUUUCUAUUUAUAAUCUCCAAAUUGAAAAUAUUCGAGGUCAGGGGUAUGAUGGUGCUAGCAAUAUGAGAGGGGAAUGGAAUGGUUUACAAGCUUUAUUUCUCAAUGAUUGCCGACAAGUAUAUUAUGUCCAUUGUUUUGCUCAUAGAUUGCAGUUAGCACUAGUGGCUGCUUCAAGGGAAGUACUUCAAAUUCAUGAGUUUUUCACACAAUUGACUGCUAUUGUCAAUAUUGUUGGUGCAUCUUGCAAACGACAUGAUCAACUACAAGAAGCUCAAGAAAUUGAAAAUGCAAAAUUGGUUGCCAAUGAUGAGCUAAAAACAGGUCAAGGUGCAAAUCAAAUGGGCACUUUACAAAGAGCUAGAGAUACAAGAUGGAGUUCUCACUUUCAUUCUGUUUGUAGCUUGAUAAGAAUAUUUGCAGCUACUCAAACCGUUCUUAAUAACAUUAUUGAUGAUGGUACAACUUUUGUUCAAAGAGGUAAGGCUUAUGGUGUCAACAAAGUGCUAUCCUCGUUUGAAUUUGUUUUUUCGUUACAUUUGAUGAAGGAAAUUAUGGGAAUUACUAAUAUUUUGUGCCAAGUAUUACAACAAAAAUCUCAAGAUAUUUUGAAUGCAAUACAUGUUGUUUCCGCAUCAAAAUUACUUCUUCAAAAGUUGAGGGAUAAUGAUUGGUGCAAUUUACUUGAGAUUGUUAAGAAAUUUUGUGAGAAACAUGAAAUUGACAUCCCUGAUAUGAGUACACAAUAUACGGUUGGAAGAGAUCGAUCUCGUCAAUCAAAGAUAACAAUCGAGCAUUAUUAUCGAGUUGAUGUGUUUUUGGCAACAAUUGACUCUCAAAUUCAAGAGUUAAAUAGUAGAUUCAAUGAGAAAACUAUGGAGCUUUUGACUUUAAGUACUGCUUUGGACCCUAAAGACAAUUUUAAGUUGUUUAAUAUUCAGAAUAUAUGCAAGUUAGCUGAAAAUUUUUAUCCUUCAGAUUUUUCUGAUCAUGAAAUGAUUCUCUUGAAUGCUCAAUUGCAACAUUAUGCAUUUGAUAUAUCGAAUCAUCUAAAAGAAAUUGGGACACUUUCUAAGUUAUGUCAAAGAUUGAAGGAAACAGGAAAAUCAAGAACUUAUCAUUUAGUUGAUAGACUGAUUCGCAAUGUCUUGACUCUUCUAGUAUCUACAGCAACAAUAGAAAGAGCUUUCUCGGCAAUGAAAAUUGUUAAAACAAGACUUCGGAGUAAAAUGGCAGACGAAUUUCUUACAGAUAAUUUAGUCAUUUACAUUGAGAAAGAAAUUGCAGCUACUUUCAGUACAGAUUCAAUAAUAGAUGACUUUGAAUCAAGAAAAAAACGUCGAGCUCAAUUGUCUAUGUAA